CACCGGCCACCUGCUGCCCCGGACCGGACCCCGACUCUCCGCCGGCAUGGACGUCCUGGCGGCCUCCCCGUCCCCCGGAGCGGCGCUCCCGGACGGUCCCCCCGGGACCCUGGGCAGCCUGGUGCGGGAGCCUGAGCCCGGGAAAGCCGUACCCAAUCACCUCCUGGAAUCAAAGGUUUACGCACAACUCCAGAAGAACCAGCUCAUAGAGGCCACACCUGGAAUCCUGCACUUCGGAGGCUACCGAGUCAACAGACACCACCAGCAGACUCUGAGCCUGCUGAAUAUCUCUGAAGACGUCAUCAACCUUCUCAUCUUACCCCCACAGACGAGAUACUUUAGAAUCAAGUACAUUAAAAAGCAGCGACUGGUCCCCGGCUUGUCUCUGUCCGUCCUGGUGGAGUUCAUCCCCGACGAGUGGCGCUACUACAACGAUUGCAUCCGGAUCCACUGCCAGGGCGAGGACACCUUGGUUGUCCCCAUCCACGCCUACCCUGUGCUGGACGGCCUCAACAUCCCCUCCUACGUCAGCCUGACCGAUGUGCCCCUCGGACAGAGCAAACGCUUCGUCAUCCCGCUCAAGUGUAGCUGCCCGGUCGACUUCGAGUUCCACAUCACCGUCCCCCAGCCCCACCAAGCCUUCACCGUCUGCCCCAUGGCAGGCCUCAUCCCGGCCAACGGGAGCGUGAAGGUGGUGGUCUGCUUCAGUCCCUUCCACUACGGGACGGCCCAGAUCCAGCUGCAGCUGCACAUCUCCCAGUUCAACACCAAACCCUACCUGUGUGUCUUCACGGGGACGUCCGCGCCCGGACCACCCUCCAGCAAGGAGGGGCCGGAGAGACUCCGGCCCCUGUCCCGGAGGAGGCCCGGGGGGCUGGUGAAGUCGACCGUCCACGCGCCCCCCCAAAAACCCACGUCCAAGCGACAUCCACCUCCACGGGCCCGGGAAAUUUGGUUGGAGAACUUGAGAUUUCCCUCGGAUUUGUCCAGCCCCUUCGCUGUGGCCACCGUUCUGAACCAAGAACCGGGAAAGCUGAAGAUAAAGGAUUUGAAAGCAGCCCUGGGCCAAGGCCCCGACGUGUGCCAGACGAGGCAGAUGAAGGAGGCCCGCUUUGAGCAGCGGGCCCGGCUGGACGCCGAGAACGAGGCUGCCAACCAUCUCAAGUGGCAGGAGCGCCGCGGCCGGGAGCCCGUCUCGGCCAAGUUCAGGCGGGAACUCGCGGAAGAACGGCGGAGGCAGGAGGAGGCCUACCAGGGGAGGAGAGGCGGCCCGGACCUGAAGGAGGGGUUUCGGCGAACCGAGGCCGAAGUCCUCAGCCAGCGGGUGGUCCGGACCUUGAGCGAGGAAGAGCCGGCGUUUCCCGCCAAGUUCGACCUCCUGAGCAACAGGCCCUGGGCCGACCGCCACCAGACCCAGAAGCGCUUCCAGCAAGCCGCCCGCAAGGUCCUGGUCCACUGGCGACUGAACCGCAUUCUGGGCUUCUGGCGGGAUCUGCACGGCCACGGGAGGACCGAGAAGCCCCGGGAUGAUACGGUCUCUCCCUCAGAGGCCAGCUCCCCGGACAGCACCCUGUUCAACGCGACGGCGGAGGAGGCGGCCCUCCAGUUCCGCCCGACGCUGAGACGGGUGCUUCCUUUCGCCUUCCCGUCAGACCUGCCGUCCCAGAUGUUCAACAUCCUGGCUCCGGAUGGGCUCGGCCCAGUCCCCGUCCCAGCUCUGGAAGUCCGGCUCAAACAGACCCGGACCUUGUUCAAUCUGCAGGUCCCUCAGCUGUCCAGCCUCAUGGGCUACGUGCCCGUCUGCGUGCAGUGGGCAGCCACCAGCUACAGAACCCAGAAGCCCUCCCGACCCCUGCAGGGGGGUCCACAGGACGAGCUCAUCCCAGUGGCCGGACCACCGGUGCAGAAGUUGGGCCAAGCCCGGCCCGGCCUCGCCGAACUGGGCCUUGGGACCCUCGUGCCCCCAGCCACCCUGCUCCAGCCCCCGGAUGGCCCACCCCUGCGCAUCUUCAAUCCGUGCCCGGGAUUGAGCGCCUCCAAGAUGCCCCUGCCGUACCCAGAGACCAGCAUGGAGUAUCACGUGUGCCCGCUCCCCAAGUACGCGUUCACCGGCCAGUCUGCCAAAGGCUCCAGUGUCCCCGUUACCCAGAGGCGCUUCCUCCAUCGCCAGGAAAUCAUCCCCGGAGUCAUGACCUGGAAGACUUUCCCCUCCGUCACCCUGACCACCUCGCUGGCUCCUUCCAACUCGGGAAGAGACAGUGUCUCUCAGGGCUGUGACCGCUUCAAUGCAGACCUGCUCCCCUUGGACGGCCCCACCCUCCUGGACCACCUGCCAGAGGAAGACGCGGAGCACAUCGUCCAGCGGGAGCCCGCCGGGGCGCUGCCCGGAGACGACACCCAGGCCCCGCAUCUGACCUCUGACCUGACUUUUGACCUGACCCUCGACCUGACCCCGGCGAUGCUGGAAGCAGAAUUCCCCCUGCUCGGUAGCUGCCAGAUCCUGGAGGACAGCAGCCCGGUCCCGCCCGCCGAGACCCGGGCCUUCUCCGGCUCCUCUGCCUCCGUCUGCAGUUUGUCCCAGGAGCCACGGGGCCCCGGGACCCCCAGGACCCCCAUGUCCGAGAGAGGGGUCCCCGCCACUCUGGAACUAAGGACCCGCCUCGUGCACCACUUGGAGAAGCUGAAAUCCGCCUGCCUCGACAAAAGCCUCAUCCUGGAGUGAUGGACACCCAGACCGACCCUCAGGCCUCGGACUCAAGACCCCCAAACCCCCAGACCUCAGAUUCAAGACUCCCAAGCCCCCAGCCUUCGGACUCCCAGGCGCUCUAGAUCCCCAGGCCUCCGGCCCCAGUCUCCCAAGACCCCAAGCCUGGGACUCCAAGGACCCCCGGACCCCAGCCCCAUGACCCCUGGAACCUGGGCCCCUCCCAGUCAUGAUGAGACCGCUCCCCCCCAAGCCCCUGCCCUGGGGCACCCCAGUUCCUUGGAGACGCCGGAGACGAGUCAGGUCCUCCCGACGUCCCCAAAAUGGAGCUUCCGUUUUCAUCGCGAGUCUCGAAAAUAAAGCGUCGCUUAUGGGA